CUAUGGUUUCCGGGGCGAGACUGCGGAGGGAAAGUCGGCUCCCGGCGUCUAGCUGCAAACGUCGCGCUGCGGGCAUCCUUUACGGCAGGCGAGUGCGUCGCUAGCCCGUUGUCCUGAAGCUGAGACCCGGAGGAGACAAGGACACUGCGGAGGGAAGCAAUGCCUUUCUUUGAUGUGCAAAAAAGACUGGGCAUUAACAUAGAUCGCCACCUGACAAUCCAAAGUGCUGAACAGCCCUACAAGAUCCCUUCUCGAUGCCAUGCUUUUGAAAAAGAAUGGAUAGAGUGUGCACAUGGAAUUGGUAAUAUCCGAGCACAGAAAGAGUGCAAAAUAGAAUACGAUGAUUUCGUAGAAUGUUUGCUUCGACUGAAAACGAUGAAACGUGUGAAUGCCAUCAAGAAGCAGCGGGAUAAGCUAAUAAAGGAAGGGAAAUACACCCCUCCACCUCACCACUUGGGCCAGACGGAUCCUAGGCCCUGAGCAGAGCAGCUGCUGAUGGCUGGAGACUGAUAUUUCAUGUUCUCUUUUCCAUUGAAUGAUUGUUUACUGAAAACUUCAGAGUGUACAAAAAUAAAGGAUUGCUCCAUCCUA